CGAAAAUCAAGCCUCUCGGUAUUACUUAAAAGGCGAGUGAUUUUCAAUAAAUUUUCCUUUUGUCCUGUGGUUUUGAAGCAGUUUGUUAUAAAUGAGAUGAAAAGACUCAAACCGGACGUCCGCAGUUUGAAAUAUAAAUUAUUUCAAAUAAAUGUAUGAGCAACGCGAAAUAUGAAAAUAAUGUCCCGUGAGACUCACACAGUCGCGGUCCUCCAGUGGGCUUGUAGCCGAAAGUGAUUUUUCGAGCUGAAGCGGAGCCGGAAAUAAUAGUUUUGUUGAAUUUUGUGACAAUGGCGGAAAGUGAUCGGCUCGGGAACACGGGUCGUCCGAUUGUGACCAUCACCUCAAGUGCUGUGCCAGGGACUGGGGUUGCAAGCUGUAGAAGUGGUGGGAAAACGACGCAGCUCGAUAAUGCUGAAAUCAAUCAAGCCGUCACCAAAGUUCUCGAUGGAUACGAUUGGACACUUGUUCCUGUCGUCACCAGGAAUCCAGGCUCGGAGAAGAAGAAGCUUCACGUGAAACGGCCGAUGAAUGCAUUUAUGGUUUGGGCGCAAGCAGCGAGGAGGAAACUUGCUGAUCAAUAUCCACAGCUGCACAAUGCAGAACUCAGCAAGACUCUCGGAAAAUUAUGGAGGUUACUUAAAGAUGAGGACAAGCGACCUUUCAUGGAGGAAGCAGAGCGGUUACGACUGAUUCACAAACGAGACUAUCCUGAUUACAAGUACCAGCCGAGGAGGCGCAAAGCUUGCAGUAGUAGCAAAUCAAUGAGCAAUGUUCACGGACAGAAGAACAAACAGUAUCCGGACUCCGGUAACGAGGAAGAACUGAAAUUAGAAGACAGCUGUAGUCUAAGCGCCGACGAUACCUCUUCACCUCAAAGUCAGCGGAUUGAAUCUCCUCACGGACCUCCAACACCUCCGGCCACACCCAAUCGGGGGGCAACUGCCAAAAUUCCACGAAUUCAAACGUCACAUUACCCCAACCCAGCAGAGCCCUCGACAAACGAGAACCACAGUAUCGAUUUGAGCCCUCUGGAGGAAGCAGCAGUGUCGAUGGAGAGUCCUCUGGUUGAUAACUCGGAGCUAGACCAAUAUUUGCACUACUGUCCACCGGGGCAUUGGAUGUCAGAACACAAUGAAAACGAACAUUCUCAUUAUAGCCAAAACGAAUUAAUUAGGUACCACGAUUUGCAGCCGAGCAAGGAGGUGGUGACUCGGACGAACACGUUCUAUCAUCAACCGACCUCAUCUUACCAGCCGCAAAACUACCAGUACCAUCCGUACCUUUCUUCUUAUCAGUAUUUUACCUCGCAAAGGAAUCCUGAUAAUAACUGGCCAAAUUUUUGAUUGAAAAUCACACUUGAGAGGGAAAUAGGCAACUGCAUUCGCAAUCAUGCUCAAACGUAGAUAAAUGAAAACCUUUGUGUGAGCGCAGGUACUUACAAUCUGUGCCGAUCUGAAAAUUACCGUUUAUCAUAAAAUCGACGACUCAAGUGCAAAACCUCGUAUAUCUCCGUUUGUGACAUCACAGAUUUUAUGUCAUACUUUAUACUAUUAAAUGAAGGGUACUUUAGGUAAAGUCUUAAAGACUUCCCUUAUUUUUCUUCUCCGUGCUAAGAAUAUUUUGUGGAAACCUCAUAAGGAACGAUGUUUAUUUGUUCACCUUUGAAAAGGCACCUAACUUACAAAAUGCAAACGAGAUACCUGGUUGUGUUGUGCGUAAGUUUCACCAACUGUUCAUAGCUUUCAUUGCUAAAUUAAACAAUGAGCAAUGUCAUACAUGAUAAUUUCAAAAAGUCGGUUUUUGUUCAUAUCCUUCCUAAUCUUAUCUGUUCGGCAUCAUUAUUUGAGAAAGCACCUGAUAAAAAAGUCUUUUUCGGGAUCCAGAUGAUAAAAUUACGUUCAUUGGGUACCUGUUUCAGCUUGAAGUCGUGAUAUCGAUUUUUAUGUACAUAUUUGAGUACCUGAAUACAUCGUUGAGCUUAAUUGAAAUACCCAAAGUUUCAUCUGUUGUUACGGAUUUUAACCUUUCCUUGUCAACUUUUUUGUAAAUUCUUGCUGUUAUUGAAAAUAUAGUGCCUUUUCAUUUACCUU